UUGUUUUUCACCUAUUCAUUAUAUAUCUUUCUCUCUUAUGUAUAGUUAACUAGAAUAAAAGAACUGAUUUUCAUUGAUGGAUCAAAAUCAUUGUGUUUUACAAUAUGAGAGAGUUUUGUACAUUUGAAAUGAGAAGAGGAAAUCAUGCUUAAGAAUUUCAACUCCAUUGUCACUUCUUAAGCACUUCAAUUUAGUUUCAAACUGCGUUUCAAUAAAAGAAAUAAAGUUGGUUAAAUGUUUGCGAAUUUCUGUUUUGGAGUUCAUGAGAAUUCACAAGGAAUUUUGGUUUUAUUGAAUGAAAUGAAAAGAAAUUGAAUGAUUAUACAUUGAUGUCUAUUAAAAGAAAUGUCUUAUUUAUCAUCUUUGUUAGAUGCAACUAAAUUAUAGGUGUUAAAUAAUUUGUCUUUCAACGUCUAGGACUAUGCUACUAAUUUAUGGGUUUUAAAUAAUGUCUUUCAAUGCGUCGCAGGCACCAAUCUGGGGGGCAGAUUUGGCUCCAUGGCAUGGUAUAGAGCAGGAGGAAUUUGAUCUUGAUGAUUGGGAUUAUGCAACUAAUUUAUGGGUUCUAAAUAAUAUCUUUCGAUGCGUCGCAGGCAUCAGUCGGGGAGGCAGAUUUGGCUCCACAGCAUGAAAUAGAGCAGGGGGAAUUUGAUCCUGUUGAUUGGGUAAGUGAUUAAAAAUUUGUGCUUUUGUACCUAUUCAAUUCAAAAGAGCAACACAAGUUAAAUUUCUUGGAAGAUUUAGAGUAAAAUCUUUUUGCCUAACAUUUUCAAUUUUGCAAAACAGUUUUGUGCAUAUAUAUCAUUGCCCAAGUCUCUGUUCUUCUCACUUAGAAUUUAUAAAAUCUAAUUAGAAUUCAUUUGUAGUAUGGGUGCUGUUAUAUAUGUAGUUGUGGUGUCCUUUUUUUGUUUAUGUAAGUUCUGGUGUAAGUUUUGUAUCAUUUUGUGAGUAGCCUUUUUAAGUAUGGGUCUCGAUAACUUCAAAUAAAAAAAAAAACUAUAAGAAGUUAAUCAUUUAAAUUUCCGAUUUUGAUGAUUUGAACUUUUUUGUUUCUUAUAAAAUGUACUGGCAGAACUGGAGCGGGAAUACAUCAUAAAAAAAAAAUCUAUAAGAAGUUAAUCAUUUAAAUUUCCGAUUUUGAUGAUUUGAACUUUUUUGUUUCUUAUAAAAUGUACUGGCAGAACUGGAGCAGGAAUACAUCAAGUGAAAAUGAGAGGCCCAUGGGAUUCGAUCAGUUUUAUGAUUGGUUGGACGGGCAGACACAUAACCCGAAUAGAAUAUCAGCUCAGAUGCCCGCGAGAUAUGUUCAGGAAAAUGGAAGAAAUAAUGGACUCCAACAAAAUGAUUCUAUCUGGUGGUCUUUUAUUUCUUUUGCAGCUGGGAGUGUGCGAAAUCUUUCUCCAACACAACAUAGAUUCUUACUAAUGUUAUUCGCAGGCACCCUAAGUGUCCUCACAAAAACCUGCACCACUCAAUUUGAAUCCUUUCAAUUUGGAAAAACCACAUACACCCCUGAGGAAGCAUUUUAUACAUUCUUCCUGGAAGUAGCACAUAUCAUCAGUUUCAUAAUAUGCUGGAUUAUAACUUUUAUCCUCAUUUUGCCGCUACAACAUGCACUCCAAAUAUUUUUUGGGCUACUUUGUUCAGCAAUCAUUUAUUUUGUUCGGAUGGAAGAAAAGACUUCGACUUCAGGGGUUCAUGUGGCUUGGGGAGACUCACUUAAGGUGCCUCUGUUUUGGUUUGCAUUUAUACAGGCUGUUGGGUUUUCUCUUAUUAUUGGGUUAAUGGUAUUGCUAAUUGUUUGUUUGAGUUGGGAGUUCAUACAUAAAGAAAACCCUAGAGCUGUGGAAGUUAGUUCACAAAUAUUGGUGGGGAUGCUAUUGUCCAUUUAUUUGGCCAUGUGGAUGUGGUGGCCAAAUUAUUCAGCUUCAGGGGUUUACGUGGCUUGCGGCGGCUUAUUCAAGUCGCCUAUGUUUUGGGUUGCAAUUUUAGAAGUUGUUGGGAUUUUUAUUAUUAGUGGGUUAGUGACGUUGCUAAUUGCUUACCUGAGUUGGAAGUUCAUAUAUAAAGGGAACCCAAGAGCUGUGGCAGUUAGUUUGAUUUCCGAUGAAUGAGUCGAGUGUUUGGUGAUUUGAACGUGAUUAAUUGCCAUCAUUAUCAUCAUCAUCAUCUAAACACUCAUGUACUAUUGUUUUUUCUUUAUAUUUGGAAUUUUGAUUUGAUACUAGCCCUAUUUGUAGUUGAUGACUUGUUAUAUUGUACUUCAUACUUGUCCUAUCAUUUUUCAAAGUUAUUCACUACUGAUAAUAAACACCUUAUGUCAUUUUUCCUAUACCAUUCACUCAUAAUAGCAUGUACAAAACAAAAGCAUGAUAGGUU